GUCGACCGGUCCUUCCCGUACCACCGUCGCUCAGCGUGUGUCCCCUCCGUCGGUCGACCCGGUUUCUUCUCCUCCGUCAUCAUGUCCCGGUGCCUCGCGCUCGCCCGGUUCGCUCUCGGUUCACAGCUCGUGUCAUGUGCACGAGGGCUGAGCAGCCGAGCCGUCUCGCGCUCCGUCACUGGAGGCUUGCAGGUUGCACAGCAGCAGAGAUGGAGCAGUCGGCCCAGAGUGUGGAGCUCCCAGCGGUCCUGCCUCAGCUUCAGCCAGCAGUCUUUCUACAGCACCCAGGAGGCCGAGAAAGAGCCUGAAGAGGAGCCUCUUCACACCAUCAUCAGUGAUACAGAGUCUGUACAAGGUAGCUUCUCCAAACAUGAAUUUCAGGCUGAGACAAAAAAGCUGCUGGACAUUGUCGCCAGGUCUUUGUACUCAGAGAAGGAGGUGUUCAUCAGGGAGCUGAUCUCCAACGGCAGUGACGCUCUGGAAAAACUGCGCCACAAACUGGUCUCGGCAGGUGGUGAAACGGCUCAGAUGGAGAUCCACCUGCAGACCGAUGGUGCUAAGGGCACCUUCACCAUUCAGGACACAGGAGUGGGGAUGAACCAAGAGGAGCUGGUUGCCAACCUGGGGACUAUCGCCCGCUCCGGCUCCAAGGCGUUUUUAGAUGCUCUGCAGAACCAGGCGGAGGCCAGCAGCACCAUCAUUGGUCAGUUCGGGGUUGGAUUCUACUCCUCCUUCAUGGUGGCCGACCGCGUUGACGUCUACUCCCAGUCCGCCGAGCCCGGCGCACCCGGUUACAAGUGGUCCUCAGACGGCUCUGGGGUUUUUGAGAUCGCUGAAGCCAGCGGCGUUCAACAGGGAACAAAGAUUGUACUGCACCUCAAAGACGACUGCAAGGAGUUCUCCUCUGAGGACAGAGUUAAAGAGGUUGUAACAAAGUACAGCAACUUUGUCAGCUUCCCCAUCUUCCUGAACGGACGGAGGCUCAACACUCUGCAGGCCUUGUGGAUGAUGGAGCCUAAGGAGAUUAGUGACUGGCAGCACGAGGAGUUUUACCGCUACGUCGCUGAUGCCUAUGACAAGCCCCGCUACACGCUGCACUACCGCGCCGACGCCCCACUCAACAUCCGAAGCAUCUUCUACGUCCCUGAGACGAAGCCGAGCAUGUUCGACGUGAGCAGGGAGAUGGGCUCCAGUGUGGCUCUGUACAGCAGGAAGGUCCUGAUCCAGACCAAAGCGACCGACAUUCUGCCCAAGUGGCUGCGCUUCCUCCGAGGUGUGGUGGACAGUGAGGACAUACCGCUGAAUCUGAGCAGAGAGUUGCUGCAGGAGAGCGCCCUCAUCAGGAAGCUUCGUGACGUUUUGCAGCAGAGGGUGAUCCGCUUCCUGCUGGACCAGAGCAAGAAGGAUCCAGAGAAGUACAACACGUUCUUUGAGCACUACGGCCUUUUCAUGAGGGAGGGCAUCGUCACCACCCAGGAACAAGACGUCAAGGAGGAUAUCGCAAAGCUGUUGAGGUUUGAGUCCUCCGCUCUGCCGGCCGGCCAGCAGACCAAUCUGAUGGAGUACGCCUCCCGCAUGAAGGCUGGCACACGCAACAUCUACUACCUGUGCGCCCCCAACCGCCAUCUUGCAGAGCACUCCCCCUACUUUGAGGCCAUGAAACAGAAGGACAUGGAGGUGCUGUUCUGCUACGAGCAGUUCGAUGAGCUGACCCUGCUCCACCUCCGGGAGUUUGACCAGAAGAAGAUGAUCUCAGCGGAGACCGACAUCGUCGUGGAUCACUACAAGGAGGAGAAGUACGAGGACAGCAAACCCGCCACUGAGCGUCUGACACAGGAGCAGGCUGACGACCUGAUGUCCUGGAUGAAGAAUGCCUUGGGCCCCCGAGUCACCAACAUAAAGCUGACUCCCCGGUUGGACACCCACCCGGCUAUGAUCACAGUGCUGGAGAUGGGUGCUGCCCGCCACUUCCUCCGCACACAGCAGCUGGCUCGCACCCCUGAGGAGAGAGCUCAGAUACUGCAGCCCACGCUGGAGAUCAAUGCAGGCCAUGAUCUGAUUAAGAAGUUGCACGAACUGAAGGACGCAAACUCAGACCUGGCUGGACUGCUACUGGAGCAGAUCUAUGACAACGCCAUGAUCACAGCAGGCCUGAAUGAUGAUCCCCGACCGAUGAUUUCCCGCCUGAAUGAUCUGCUGACUAAAGCUCUGGAGAAGCACUGAGAGCUACUCACAGACACGAACAGUUCAGACUGACAUGGUUAUGAUCACAGUGGCCUGUAGACUGAAGAUGAAGGGCAUACACAGGUGGAGAACUGCAGUUUCUAAAGACAACUACAAGGCCUUUGUUCAUCUGAAGCUAUAAAAUCACAUCCCUUUCCCCUCUGGAGUACUUCAUCCCCCCUUACGGAGAGCACAUAAAGGCUUAAAAAGCUCAGAUGGAGUGAAGAUGAACUUUUGAAAGCUUCUCAGUGUAAACUUCUAUGUCUCUAUGCUCUGUGUUCAGUCAAUAAUAUUUAGAGGAUAUGUGCCAUCAAGAGGGUGGUCAUAAAAGUCAUUUACACCUAACUUUCAGGCAUUGGCGUGUAAAACUGGUUGGUUAUAAACUGCGGAAAUAAAGUGUCAGGCUCCGUGUUGACCACAUCCUGAAUAAUGUGGAUGCUAACGAGCCACAAACAAUGACGAGGGAGAGCAACAUUAAAAAGUUAGGCCAGAGUGAUUUCUAGAACCACAUUUCAAAAUCCUCUUGAACUUACCAUGUGAAACAGCUAAAGAUAUGUGGAGUUUUAUUCUGAAGUGUGCUUUAGAGCUUUGAAGUGAUAAUAAACUUAUUGCAUUUCAGUUAGACUAAAAGACGUCCUCUCUGCUGAAUAGAGCAGUUAUUGUUUGCCACUUUAUCUUUUUUUAUGAGCUCUCUAAAAUAUAUCUUUUUUUCCACAUUAUUUGAUAUUUUAUGUAUGUUGUAUGUUACUUUUUUUUUGUGGUAUAUAAAAAACUGAAUAUCUGAAAAUGUGGGUCAAAUUAAAAGAACAAUUUCACAAUCAAUGUAUGGUAGAUGCUGCAAAUGUGACUUGUCAACUGUCAGUGGUCAAAUAUGGAUUCUCAAUAGGUUUCAUUGGUAUUAAAGUAACAGUGAGCCUAAUG